CACCUGAUUUGAUUUAUUAAUUAAAGUUACCAAAAUAAAAAAAUUGAUAUAGUACCUUGUUAUUAACUAUUUUUCGUUUGCCAAUGUCAAACAUUGAAAAACCCUUCAGCUAAAUAAAAUUUCUGAGUUCACAGUAACAGACACAGUCCCAUUACUGCUUCUUCCAUUAUACCAUUACACAAAAACCCUAGAAUUCAAUUUGCCAAGUUUUAUUUAAUCUUUUUCAAUAGAGAAAGAAAAAGUGAAUAACUCACUCAAAAAUGAAGACAAUUCCUCUGAUUCUAAUGGGUUGUGGAGGAGUUGGUUCUCAUCUUCUCCAACACAUUGUUUCAUGCCGUUCUCUUCACUCUGCACAGGGACUCUGUUUGAGAGUUGUGGGAGUUGGUGAUAGUAAAUCUCUGGUGGUUGUUGAUGAUUUGUUGAAUAAAGGGUUGGAUGAUAGCUUCUUGUUAGAACUUUGUCGGCUCAAGAAUGGCGGCGAAUCUCUAUCAAAUCUUGGUGAUUUUGGACAAUGUCAAGUAUUUGUGCAUCCGGAAUCGAAAGGAAAGAUUUUAGAGAUUGCAUCUCAACUUGGUAAAAAGACAGGAUUGGUCUUUGUUGAUUGUACUGCUAGCGCAGACACUAUUGUGGUGCUAAAACAAGUGGUUGAUCUGGGUUGUUGUGUUGUUAUGGCAAAUAAAAAGCCUCUCACAUCUACAAUGGAGGAUUUUGAAAAACUUCUGACAUAUCCACGUCGUAUCCGACAUGAGUCAACUGUAGGGGCUGGUCUUCCUGUGAUAGCAUCCCUGAACCGCAUAAUCUCUUCUGGUGAUCCUGUUCAUCGCAUUGUUGGAAGUUUGAGUGGGACAUUGGGGUAUGUAAUGAGUGAGGUUGAAGAUGGAAAGCCACUGAGCAAAGUUGUAAAAGCUGCUAAAAGUCUAGGGUACACUGAACCAGAUCCGCGUGACGAUCUUGGUGGAAUGGAUGUUGCUAGAAAGGCUUUGAUUCUUGCUAGAAUACUUGGACAUCGGAUUAAUAUGGAUAGCAUUCAGAUUGAGAGCUUGUAUCCCAAAGAAAUGGGGCCUGAUGUAAUGAAUGUUGAAGACUUUUUGGACCGUGGACUCUUGUUGCUAGACAAAGAUAUUCAAGAGAGAGUUGAGAAGGCUGCUUCAAACGGAAAUGUUCUGCGAUAUGUCUGUGUCGUUGAGGGUCAAAGGUGUGAAGUCGGUAUUCAAGAGCUUCCAAAGAAUUCUGCUUUAGGAAGAUUAAGAGGAAGCGAUAAUGUGUUGGAAAUAUACACUCGAUGCUAUAGUGACCAACCUCUGGUUAUUCAAGGUGCUGGAGCAGGAAAUGACACGACUGCAGCUGGUGUCCUUGCUGAUAUUGUGGAUAUUCAGGAUUUAUUUUCUUGAGGGAAAAGUUUUUGUUCCGUGAAUUUAAAGAAAAAUAAAAGGUGAAAUCUCAAGUUGAUGAUCAAUGGAGCUUACCUGCAGACUUCAUAUGGAUGAAUAUUACUAGAUUACAUUUUAGGUGAAAAUCACAAGUUGAUGAUCAAUAGAGCUUACCUGCAGGCUUCAUACGGAUGAAUGUUACUAGAUUACCUGCGAGGCAUUUUUUUCCCCUCAAACACAUUCUAAUGUCUGUUUAUGUUGGAAAUGUUUUUGAUGUAAUAUUACUUUUUUAUUCGGUUGGUAUAGAACUAUGAGAAUAUAUAUCAAUGUCGGCUGUAAUUGGUAAUAACUUUAAUCGCAAUAAUUUUGUUUGGAUAA